UGUCAACGUAAGAGGAGAAACAUGGAAUACAGUGGUCUGUAAAUGAUCAACUUAAUAUGGUUCCCAAGCUGAGGAAUAUCUAAUACACUCAGGAAUUGAAAUAGAAAGAAUCUAAAUUCAGAAAAAAUAUAUCUAAGCUAUGCAAGAAGUCUGCAGCUCCUUGGACACGACCUCGAUGGGCACCCAAAUCAAAUCGGAAUCUCCACUGAACCCGCUGCAGGUGCAAACUGGGCAGACGUCCAUGCCAGUGGUUGGUUGCGGUGGUGCGGGCGUCGUGGGUGGAGUGGGAGUGGGUGUUGGUCAGCCCGGAAUCGGCCAGCAGGGGGUGCCACCUGUGCCGGCGGUGCUCAUGGUCAACAAGAUGACCCCGAACUGUGAUAAACGGAGCGCGGACACGGCCUAUUGGAUGACAGCAUCCGAGGGCGGGUUCAUCAAUUCGCAGCCGUCGAUGGCCGAAUUUCUCAACCACCUGAGUCCAGAGAGUCCCAAAAUCGGAACACCUGUUGGAUCCGGCGCCAUCGGCGGAGUAGGCGUCAACGUUAAUGUCAAUGUCGGCGUCGGAGUCGGAUAUCCGGUUGGCGUUGUCCCUCAAACGCCGGAUGGAAUGGACUCGGUGCCGGAGUAUCCCUGGAUGAAGGAGAAGAAGACAUCCCGCAAGAGCAGCAACAACAACAAUCAGGGUGAUAACUCCAUUACUGAAUUCGUUCCAGAAAACGGCCUGCCCCGACGACUCCGCACCGCGUACACCAAUACCCAGCUGCUGGAGCUGGAAAAGGAAUUCCAUUUCAAUAAAUAUUUAUGCCGCCCAAGGAGGAUCGAGAUAGCAGCCAGCCUGGACCUUACGGAGCGACAGGUAAAAGUUUGGUUCCAAAACCGCCGCAUGAAGCACAAGAGGCAAACGCUCUCGAAAACGGACGACGAGGACAACAAGGACAGCCUCAAAGGUGACGAUGAUCAGUCCGAUAGUAACUCCAAUUCGAAGAAAUCGUGUCAAGGCUGCGAGCUGCCAUCCGAUGAUAUACCCGAUUCCACGUCAAAUUCCCGGGGUCACAACAACAACACGCCGAGCGCCACCAACAACAACCCGAGUGCUGGAAGCCUGACUCCAAACUCGUCCCUGGAAACGGGCAUCUCCUCGAACCUGAUGGGCAGCACCACCGUAUCCGCCUCAAAUGUGAUCAGCGCCGACUCCAGCGUGGCAUCUAGUGUUAGCCUGGACGAGGACAUUGAGGAGAGCAGCCCCAUCAAAGUGAAGAAGAAAGACGAUGGUCAGGUCAUCAAAAAGGAGGCGGUAUCCACCUCAUCGAAAGCCUCGCCCUUUGGCUAUGAAAACUCCACUCCCAGUCUGGUCAGUUUUCGACGGGAUUCAGAUGCCGCCGCCGUCGGAAAUGCACCCACCAGCAAGGCGGUCGGCAAGAAACGAUUUCAGAGUGCCGUCAAUGCCAUUGCCACGCCCACGCCACUUUCGGACAGCAAUAGUGGAAACGGAAAUGGAAACGGGGGUGGAGGCGGCCCAGCUGGCGGCUACUUUCCAGGCUAUUAUCCUAGUCCCAAGCAGCAGCAGCAACUGCACCCGCAACAGCAGCAGCUGCCGCAACAGCAACCGCAAGACUACUACGGCAAAUACGACAUCGAAUUCGCCGCCUCGCCGCACCACAAUCCGCACAACAAGCAGCAGACGCUGCACGGCGAGUACCUAAGUCCCAAGCCAAGUGCAGCCAAUUUUCACCAAAACAGUCAACAGCAGCAGCAGAACGACCAGUUCUACUACAACUACAACGACACUAACGGCACUCCGUACUUGAACCACCAGCAGCAGCACCACCACCACGCACAGCACCACCAGCAGCAGCAGCACCACCAAAACCAUGUGGCCGACUUUGAGGCGCCGGUCAACGGACCCAGCAACUUCAACAAUGGUGCCUACUACGACAACAUGAGUUUUCAACAACAGGCGCAAGCUCACCAACACCAAGCGGUGGUCUUCCAACAGCAGCAGCCUCACCAGCCAGCGGCAAUUAACCACCAGCACAUGCAUCACCUGGGAAGUGGGGAGACAUACAGUGCUCUAGGCCUUCAGAUGGAGAACUGCGAGGGCUACAACAACUUUGGGGCCGCCGGAACCGGUGGUGGGUACUACGAGGCGGGUCAGCAACCUCCUGUUCCGGCCACCCACGGCCAUGGACACCAUCCCCACCACGUGCAGGUGCCGGCUCAGGCGAAUGCCCACAUCCACGCCCACCACAAUUCUGCCGCGAUUCCCGGAGGAGUGGGAGUCGGACCGCCGCCGACGCACAUCCACGGAUUCGCCAUCAAUGGGGGACCGGCUGGUCAGGGCCAGGCAUUCGGAAACAACGGAAGCACUGCAGCUGGGACCGCUGCGAUCAGUGGGCUGGAGAACUCCAAUAGCUCGGACUUUAACUUUCUGAGCAACCUGGCCAACGACUUUGCGCCGGAAUACUACCAACUCAGUUAGUUCAUGUAGGAAGUGAGCCAGAGGCCAGUGUAAAUAUUUGUUAGCCUAAUUCGCCGCGUGGGCGUGAGUCUUGUAAUUCUAUUCAGUGUCGUAGCGUCGUAAGCACUUUGUCCUUAGCACAUAUCUGUACAUAAUAAGCUAUUCCUCUUUUUAGUCUAAUCAAAUCCAAACUAUCAUGAUUUUCUAUUGGCUUCAAGUCAGAUGAUGCUCUAUCUUAAAAUUCCAAUUAGAACUACAACAGACAACAAAAUUGUAAAUAGAUAGAAAAAUUGAACGACUUUCGCACAAGUCCACAUCAAUGAUUAUAAAUUACUGAAUUAUCUUUGAUAAACUCGGUUUUGUAUAUAUCUGAAGUAGCUUAAAUCAAAAACGUAAACAAACUGUCAAUAAAUCUUAUGUAAAAUUAUAAAUAAAAGUUUGGAUCG